UUCAACUACAUUCCACAUCAUAUCAAUCACCUAUCUUAAAUGUUACAAGAAUCAUGGCAGCCGAGCUUGGUCUUCUGUCCUUGACUCAGCUCCAAAAAUUAGCUCAAUUUCAACCACCACAACCGCAACCCCAGACCUCAUCCGCCACUACUUCCUGGAUGUGGAACCCUAAACAAGUAGCUGAAGAUGAAGAUGAUUCAUGGGAAGUAAGAGCAUUUGAACAAGACACAGGAAACAUCAACGGUACCACUUGGCCCCCAAGGUCCUACACUUGUACCUUUUGUAGAAGGGAGUUCCGAUCCGCCCAAGCCUUAGGAGGCCACAUGAACGUGCACCGCCGGGACCGUGCUCGGCUCCACCAAGCUCCGCCUGGUAUGAACAAUCCCACCUCUCCCUCCACCGCCUCUUCUACUCUCAUAAUCCCAGCUCAAGAAUUCAUCACAAAUGGUGGACUGUGCCUGGUCUAUUCCUUAGCCAACCCUAAUGGCACUGUCUUGACUCCUACGCCGAUGAAUUCUUGCAUGGAAUCACCUUCAGCCCUUUUAUCUGUCUCGAGUUUCCCAACCAAUACUCUGAUCUCGCCUUGCCCUUAUACUUAUCCUGCAACCCCUCAUAGCAUGAAUUCAUCAAUCUCUCAGUCUAGUAACACUGAGCGUUCUGCUUCCAAUAGCAAUGAAAACAAUAUUCUUGAUAACAUUGGUCAAAACAGGAAGGAUUCAGCGAUUGAGGAGCUUGAUCUGGAGCUGAGGCUUGGGCGUCAAUAACACCACUAUGACAGGCAAAGAAAACACAUAGUUUGUGUUACUUGUUUGUGCUUUUUUACGCUAUUUGAUAUAUAUAUACACAUAGGGAGUGAAGCAAGUACAGUGUGUAACCUGUAUUACAGCCUAGUUUGGUAUACAUUUUUGUGGGCUUUUUUAUUCAAAAAUAUUUUCCUGUUGCUUUCUUACAUGAAUGAAGAGGAAGAACAUGGAAAGCAAUGUAGAAAAAAGAAUGUAUAUUGAAAGUAAAUUAGGCAUUAAUUUCAAUAAAAAGGUAAGAAAGGUGUUAGGGUAAUCAGUGAGGCUAGUAAAGUUUGCAGUGCACUGUCAUUUUCUGUUAUUGAUUCUGAGUAAAAAGUCUAGGCAUUAGUUCC